AUGUUGGCAACACCAGUCCGCCUGGCCAGAGGCCCUCCAGGCUUUCCCAGCUUCUGGAGGCGAUCCAUGGACGAGUUCAAGCGCCAAGCCACCAUCGCCAUCAACAUGGAGGGACUACGCGAACCUACGAAACCUUUUCCCUUAAUCAAAUUCGACCAGGAGAACAGCAUGGCCAAGUGCAAAGUCAUGAGCGAUCAAGAUAUGGGUGGAUUCUCCAAAGCGAGUUUGACAUACAUUCCUGGGGCAGCACACCAUGAACGAAAUCCCGAGAAAGAGGAUGCACAGAAGGGCGGCAUCAUCGAGAGCGAUGAGGGUGUUGAGCCUGCACAUACGCUGUUCAAGGGCAGUAUAUCGACGGAGCUGCCACCCAACAAGCCGGACAUUCAAAGAUCUGGUUACGCGGCGUGGAGGACAAGAGACCGUGGCAUGAGUCUGUUUGGGAAGCUCUUGUGGGAUAUCGAUCCUUAUUCCUAUCUUGCUCUGCGGAUCAAGUCUGAUGGGAGGAAGUACUUUGUCAACAUCCAGACCGAGUCUAUCGUGCCUACCGACUUGCACCAACAUCUAUUACCAACAUAUACAACAGGUCAGUGGGAGACCGUCAUAAUACCGUUCUCGCAAUUUGUGCGAACGAACUAUGGAUUCGUGGUGGAGCCGCAGAAAGAAAUGAUGAGGCAGAAAGUACGGAGUGUGGGCAUUGGACUAACGGACCGUGUACCUGGACCUUUUGAAUUGAGAAUCGCCGACAUUUACGCAACGAACCGACCACCUGCGAGGGAGAUGGGCAGAGAGGAAGCUGGAUUCGACUUGGAGGAGGAGAAUCAUGAGGGCGGGACUGGCAUGAUGGACGAGAUCGAGCCUAAGAGGAGGAAGGGCGAGCCUGAGCGGAUUCUGAUCUAG